AUGUUGAGCUUGACGUUGUCCCCGAGCUCCAAGUUCCAAGCUCCAAUUCAAAUGUCAAAUGUCAAAUGUACCCCAACUAACUCUAAUGGCAGCGAAGGUGAAGACUCCACCGAAUCCAACGUCCGAUACGCGGCAUAUGCCUCCCGAAUUCGAACCAUCAUGAUGUCUGCGCAACGAUAUGUAGCGUACACUUCGGACAUUGGCGAAUCGUUCCGACCUGUCGCACACCCUUAUCUCGUCCGGGGAGCAUACGGAGUAUCUUGGAUAUAUCUCAGCGGCGACGUGGCAUAUGAAGGCUACAAAGCCUACUUGAGAAAUCAAAGCACUCUACACCCCGAGUACAAUCUGUCGCCCGAAGGAUCGGCCAGCUUGAGGGAACGGGCCGCAGAAUUGAAGAACGCCAGGAAGAGCAUAGACGCGAGAGCUUCAUCGAAUGACGGUCAAGUUGCCACCACGGCAAGAAUCCCGGCGAUUGAGGACUAUAGGACUGUAAUGGCUCAGCGAGCUGUGUUUCAAAGCGUGGCUUCGAUGGGAUUGCCCGCUCUGACAAUUCACUCUGUCGUCAAAUACUCCGGACGAGCACUAAAGGACGCGAAGAACAAACAAAUAAGAACCUGGGCUCCAAUCGGGCUAGGCAUGGCGUGUGUUCCUUUCUUACCCUUUGUGUUCGACGAGCCGAUUGAGCACGCGACUGAGUGGCUAUUCCACAAUGGGUUCAAGUUUGUUGGUGGACCCCAGGCCGUCGGCGUAGCUGGACAGAAAGAGUUGAGCACUGCAGAGAAGCCUACUCGUGGAGGCAGUGACAGGGAACUGUAA